GGGGGUCGCGCCGGGGGCCGGCGGAGCUGCUUUGGCUGCGGCGGCAGCAGGAGACGGAGCGAGCCCGGCGGCCACGGGCAGACCCGGAGGGAACAGAGGAAGCGGUCAUGUCUCGCUACACGAGGCCCCCCAACACCUCCCUGUUCGUCAGGAACGUCGCGGACGCCACCAGGCCUGAGGACUUGCGCCGUGAGUUUGGUCGAUAUGGCCCUAUAGUAGACGUUUACAUUCCACUUGACUUCUACACCCGCCGCCCGAGAGGAUUUGCUUAUGUUCAAUUUGAAGAUGUUCGUGAUGCUGAAGAUGCUCUUUAUAACCUCAAUAGAAAGUGGGUAUGUGGCCGUCAGAUUGAAAUACAGUUUGCACAAGGUGAUCGCAAAACACCAGGCCAAAUGAAAUCAAAAGAACGUCACCCUUGUUCUCCAAGUGAUCAUAGGAGAUCAAGAAGUCCCAGCCAAAGGAGAACUCGAAGUAGAAGUUCUUCAUGGGGAAGAAAUAGGCGGCGGUCUGAUAGCCUUAAAGAGUCCCGACACAGGCGAUUUUCUUACAGCCAGUCUAAAUCUCGCUCCAAAUCACUACCAAGGCGAUCUACCUCAGCAAGGCAGUCAAGAACCCCAAGAAGGAAUUCUGGUUCUAGAGGACGGUCAAGGUCCAAGUCCUUGCAAAAAAGGUCCAAGUCGAUAGGAAAAUCACAAUCAAGCUCACCUCAGAAGCAGACUAGCUCAGGAACAAAAUCAAGAUCACAUGGAAGACAUUCUGACUCCAUAGCAAGAUCCCCAUGUAAAUCCCCCAAAGGGUAUACCAAUUCUGAAACUAAAGCACAAACAGCAAAACACUCUCAUUUUCGAUCGCAUUCCAGAUCUCGGAGUUACCGUCACAAAAACAGUUGGUGAACAGCAACAGAAGAGUGCUACAUAGUAUUUAAUAUGUUAUUAAACCUCUCAUUAUGUUAAAUAAAAAUUCUUCAAGGCUUACAGAAAAAGUGCGUUGAUAUUAAUUACUUUGGGCAUGUGCAAGAGAUAAAAUCUCUCUAGCUUGGGUUAAUGAAGAUUUGGUCUCGAUUUAAGGGCCCAUACCACAAAUUAUGAUGUGAGUAAUGUCCCAUUUUAUGGACCAUUUUUUGUUUACAUUGUGGCAGAAGGGUACUUUUCAAAGGAAAUGGAUAAAAUGGAACUAAUUUGGAAAAUUGGACUUGGAUGUUAAGUAUUAAUAAUACUAAUAACUUUUACAAAAGUAUUUUUUACUUUAAAGCACUUUUCUUUCAUGUAAAAAGUAAUUAUGACUGUAUAAUCACAUAGGGCAAACUUAAGACUAUUUGACAUCUUAUGUCUCCUUUUAGUUUUCUCUUUAAACUUGGGCCAAUUCCUGAUGGAUAUUAGUUCAUAUUACAAAAUUCUGACAUUUCUAAAAGUGGAGUUUAUAGAGAGAUAAAGCGUUCAAAAGAUACAUUCUUUCCUGAGCUCAAAAAAGGUUUUAUUUUUACUGGGUGGAACAGUAUAGAUAAGUUGACAUUAAAUUGCAUCCUAUACCAUAUUUAUUCACUUCAGAAAUACCGAAACGUUAUAAAAAUUCUGAAUUUUGAAUGGUUUGAGACUACUCUAAAAAUGAUGUGCAACACUCAGUCCAAAAAAUUCAUAUCAAGCCUUACACAUUUGAAGAGUGGUACACAUUUUGUAUAAAAGUCAUACUUUAUACCAUUAAUUCUGCAUACCUUCUUUUCAUCUACUGCUUAAUUUUUCUUUUUAGAGCUCUAGCUGAUGACUUUAAAUUGUAUAGAAUAAGUCUUAUUUAUUUUUGGAAAUGUUUAGUACCUUGUAUUAAGAAACUCAAGACUGCCUCCUCAAAAAACAACUUUGCAGUAUUGAGAUUGACAUUACACUGCCCUUCAUUUUUUAAGCCAAAUAGCUUUAUUGAUAUUCAUUGCUUUUGUAGUUGUUAAAACUAAGAAUUUCUUUAAAAAUGUGUUUGUAGAUUACGUUUUCCAGAGGGUUUUGGUAGUAUUUGUGAUAAAAUGGUUUUGCAUAUGGUUGUUAUAGGGGAUAUAUUUAUAGAGCUCUACUUGUGUACCUUGUUGAAUUAUAUUGAAAUUAAAAGUUCUCAGCCCAUACAGUUAAUAUUUGUAUCUAGAGUGCUUUAGAAAAAAAAUGUCUUAUAUUUUUAGCAUAUAGGAGCUAAUAUUGCUUCUAUUUGUUCUGAAUACAAAUUCCAUUUUUUUAUUUGCAUUUUACAUCCUGUAUGUAAGAUAACUUUACAAAAUAAUUUAUAUGUUGGUAAUAUUUGGACAGGUACCAUAAAUUCAUGUAUACUGUACUUUCUGAGUAGAUUUUCUCUAUCUAAUCAUAGCAAAAUUUAUUUCAAAAUUAUAGCUCUUUGAAGUGUUAAAUGUAAUAAAAAUUUAGUUAUAAAAUUAUGUGGCAGUAUUGAAAAUUGAGAGGACAGUCUGAAGAAAGAGCAAGACAAAUACUGAUUUUUUUGUAUCUUCUAAAUAAAUGUUUGGGUUUACAUACACAUAUAUGUAGUUAUUCCAAAUACUAACUAGGAGUUGAUUAUAGUGUCUUUACAUUUAAUCAUUAUAUCUUAGAAAAAGUUAAUAAGGCAGUGUUUCUGAACAUGCUUAUUCCUUCGAUUUACCUCUGAUUUGGUUUUCCAUUGUAAUCCCUGGUCUGCUUAGGAGGAUACUGUUUGGUUUGACGGAAAAACUGGAAUGAUAAUAGUUUAAACUUUCUGAUCAUUUACUAUGUGCUUGGCACUGCUCUGUAAGUUUUACAUUACUCAUCACGACAGCUUUAUGAGGUCAGUACCACUGCAGAUAAGGUAAGUGAGACGCAGAGAGGUUAAAUGACAUGCACAAGGUCACAACAACCAUCACACUUUGGAGCUGGGUGGUGGCUGGGCUCCAUACGGCCCUCCCUGAUCACCAUGCUUGUCUUUUUGGAAGAGAAAAGUCUUUGACAGAUAUAUGCUAAACUAAGAUAAUAUUGAGAGGAAAAGGAGAGAAUAGAAUUCAGAAAGAAAAUUAUUAUAGGGUUCAGUGAAAAUGGGUUCUGUGACUGAGUGGAAAUUGAUUGGCAGUUGUGCUGAUAUCCUGGAAAAUUGUCCUCUGGGUACGUCUAUUCUAGAGUUCACUUCUGCUGUAGAAUUGUUUCUUGGACCUUUUAAGAGAGGAUACUUAGGGUAAGAUUGUUAAAUAAAGCAAAUGUAUCACACAUCUGUGAUCAUUUCAUUUAAAGAUAAUAUAUUUACUCAGGUACUUGCUAUGUUUAGUGUAGGGGCACUACCUACCUCCAUUUGUUCAAGAUUCAUAGAGGAUAAGUUAAUGUCAAAGAAGGUAAAAGUGGCCACCAUGACUGCUCGGUUUCUUUCUCCCCAUGAAUAAUACACAGUUUCUGUAUAGCAGCUGGUAUUUUGUAGCUGCAAACGUAAUGGGGGAAUAUGCCAAAUUUUUUAUCUGGAGUCUGGGGUUUAAUCUUGUGGCACUGGGCUGUUUAUUUUUAAAUGUAAAAUAUUAACUAAUUUCAGGACUUUAUAUGUUGUCUGAGAUACGAGUAUUCUAAGACAUGCUGUUGUAUUACAAAUAAAUAUGCAUUUCUGCCUUUAUUCCAAUUCCAUUGCAUGAGGCAAAAUUAGUCGAAGUUUAAAGGAAGAAGCGUUUAGAAAUACUUUUAUAAUUCUUCUAUACUACAUUAAAAUUGUAAUUUCUUAUUUAGAGUUAAAAAUUAAAUUUGUUUUCCAAACAGGGUGGUAGAAUAUUUGGGGUAUCUGUAUAAAUAAAUACACACUACUUAUGCAGAAGAUCUUAAUCUGGUAUCAUGAAACCGAAGCUUCAGAUCUAGGUCCUGUAGAUAUUCAAACAAGUCCAUGACUCUCGGUAUUUUAAAGACCAGUGGUUCAGUGCGACAUACGGAUAUUAGUCUCAAAACUCACAUAUUUGAUUAGGAAAAUUUAAGUAUUAAAUGAAGAUUAUGAACAGCAUCUAAAUUACUCCCUUGAUGAAACUAGGGUAUUUAGGAUCAUAACAUUAGCUCUGGCGUUGAUCUAACCAUGUCAAUUUAGGCCCUCUGGAAAUUUUAUAUCAUGUACCUUUAAAAAGAUGCUCUUAAAAUUAAGCAAAUUAACCACAGCUUUGUGCAUCCUAGGCAAGGCCCCGUUGCCUCACAUAGACAGCCUUGCGGGAGGAAGCACUUCAUUCCUGACUGGGCUAGGGCCUGGCCCCGCUGCUUAGAGAAUGCCCUAACGCACUGAUGCCACCCCAGGAACACAGUAGAGCUGGGACAGCCCGCGGAGAAGGUGAAUGGACUGUAAUUGAUGGAUUGACCGUGAUUAUGGAAUUAAAUUGGGUACAUCUUUUGAAAAGAAU